AUGAUUAAAACAGAAGAAGUAUCAAACAAAGAAGAAAGGGAGAGGAACUUGAAACAAAGUUUAAGAUACGUGGAGCCUCUUUUAAUGGUACUAGGUGCCUGGCCACUUCCUCCAGAAUCAUCGUUGUGCAUGAAGAUAUUUCAACGUGUUAUUCCUGUCAUUAGUAUUUUCUUGGCGUUAUUUGUCAUUUGUCCGAUUUUUUUCUAUAUAAUCUUCAAAGCAAGAGGCACCAGAAGGCAAAUGGAACUGUUGUCGGCGUUUAUCAACAGUCUGAUCCAGUUGAUCAAGUAUAUUAUCAUGUUGAACAGCAUGAACGAUAUAAGAACGCUGUUGAAUGAGAUAAAGAACGAUUGGUUAUACGGUACAGAAGAAAAUCGACGACUCUUUCGCGAGAACGCGAAGAUCGGUGAUAGAGUGGUGUCCAUAGUGGCCAUCACCAUGUACUUUGGAGGUUUAUGCUACCGUACGAUUCUUCCUCUUUCGAGGGGCAGAAUUAUUUUACCGGAUAAUACUACUAUAAGACUAUUGCCAAGUUCAACAUACCUCCCAUUUAUCAACGAACAGAUCACUCCGAAUUACGAGAUAAUUUUCGUAUUGCAAGUUUUGAGUGGUUUAUUCAUCUACACAGUAUUCAUCGGUGCCAUUGCGAUUAUGAUGAUGAUAUGUUUGCAUACAUGCAGCUUACUAAGGAUUUUAACGGGCAAAUUGAUGGAUCUCAUCGACAAGUCGAAUACCAGCGAGGAAAUUAUUCAAGAGAAGAUCGCAAAUAUCGUUGAGUAUCACAGGAAGAUCAAAAAAUUCUUAAGUAACGGACAACUGCUCUCCGAGUACAUUUCUUUUUUUGAGCUGCUUAAUGGCACGAUUAUUAUCGGUUUGCUAGGAUAUUGUGUUUUACUGGAAUGGGAAAGUCAUAAUACCGUCGGUUUAGUGGUGUACAUUACAUUGCUAACAACUUUCACGUUCACCUCCUACACGAUUUGUUCUAUUGGCCAACUUCUUCUUGAUGAAGUAGGUAGACUACGGAUUAGUUAUAAAAGAACACAACAGUUUGUCAGCAGUAGUUAG